CUUCUCCUCCUCCUCCUCUUCCUCCCUGGGUCUCCUGCCUGUCAGACCAGCUCCUUCACUGAGUGUCAGGGGGCUCCGUUCGUCCCGGGUCACAAUCUGGUUGGUGAAGUUUUCAAUGUGGCGACGGUGAAGACGGUCGGCGCCAGCGUGAUCGACGUCAAGAUGGUUGGAGGAGCUCAGGGGAACUGCACCUCAGCCAGGUCCAGCAGAGUACUCAGAACUACCCAGAAACUCCCCGUGUCGGUCCUCGACUGGAGGAUUAAGGUUCAAUGUCGGCGCAGUGUGAGCAGUAAAAUCUUUGACUCGAGUCAGUCGGUCAUGAAAGAAAACAGCAGGUCUCUGUCAGCGAGCUGGAAGGUGGGCCUCGGUAUCAAGGGACUCGCCGGGGUUGCGAUCGGAGGAUCUCACUCCACCUCAUCCACGUUUGCAGAGAGCCGCAGCAGGAAGCACAAGUUCUACUUCGUCACCCAAGACGUCAACUGCAAAUACUACACGUCAAUGAACUCCAUGUCUUCUGUUCUGCAGGUGAAGGACAACCCCAUCCUGAAGUCCAGUCUCCAUGAUGCCAUCAGCGACUACAUCCGUAAAAGUGCUAAGCCGCUCCGCUGCCCGGCGGGCUGCAAGAUCGGCCACCAGAACCAGAACUGUGCAUGUCGGUGCAAAGGACACCGCACGGUCAACUCCGACUGCUGCCCUGCUGAGCCCGGAGUGGCCCGCAUGAACGUGAUGGUGGUCCGAGCCCAGGGGCUGUGGGGCGACUACUUCUCCAAGACGGACGGAUACGUGAAGGUUUUCUAUGGGAACCAAGGAGCCACGACGCCGGUGAUCUGGAACAACGACUUCCCCUCCUGGAACCACCUGGUUCGCUUUGAGACGGUCAACCUGCGGCACAGGACACCGAUCCGUUUCGAGGUUUGGGACCGGGACAGCCGCUGGAACGAUGACCUGCUGGGGAAGGCGAGCCUCAUCCCGACGACGGGCCGCAGCAUCAACAAGAAGUUUCCUCUGAAACUCGGCUCGAUGUUCAUCCAGACGUCUGCUGUGUGCGCUCUCAGCCUGCAGGGGUCGCUGUGCGAGCAGUACGCCGCCACGCUGACCUACGAGGGCGUGAUGGGAUACGUGAAGGCUGAUGAGGCUCACGACAGCUCCUUCAUUUGA